ACUAUUAUUACUACUACUACUCUAUUAUUAUUAUUAUUAUUAUUAUUAUUAUUAUGACUCAAAGUGGAAUACAACAGAUCAUUGGGUUACCGUGAGUUUUCUGGGCUGCCUGGCCAUGUCCCAGGAGCAGCAUUCUCUCCUGACGUUUCGCCCACAUCUACGGCAGGCAUCCUCAGGGGUUGUGAGGUCUGCUGGAAAUUAAGCCAGUGGGGUUUAUAUAUACAUAUAUAUCUGUGGAAUAAUGUCCAGGGUGGGAGAGGAACCUCCAUAGGUAAAUAUGUGAAUGUUACAAUUGGCCAGCCCGAUUAGCGUUGAAUAGCCUUUCAGCUUCAAAGCCUGUCUGCUUACCGCCUAGGCAAGUGGGGUUUAUCUAUCUGUGGAAUAAUGUCCAGGGUGGGAAAAAGAAAGAACUCUUGUCUGUUGGAGGCAAGUGUGAAUGUUGCCAUUGGCCAGCUUGAUUAGCAUUGAAUGGCCUUGCAGCUUCAAGGUCUGGUUGCUUCCCGCUUGGGGACAUCCUUUGUUGGGUGGACUUUAUAUCACUGAAGCUUGGUCCACAUCUGUUUUUGGCUGGGUUCAGCGCUCUCAGGAUGCAGGUGAACUACAACUCCCACAUUCCAAGGCCAAUCACCCCCAAACCCUGCCUGUGUUCACAGUUGGCCAUGCUGGAUCUGUGGCCAAGUGUAAUCUAGAUCCGUCAAUGACUGUGUUCAGUGUUCUCUGGGUGCAGGUGAACUACAACUCCCAAAAAUCCAGGUCAAUUCCCACCAAAUCCCUGCAGUAUGUUGUUGUUCAUGGGUCUUCUCUGUGCCAAGUUGUGUCCUGGUCCAUUGUCGGUGGAGAUCAUAAUAUCUCUGGGUGCAGGUGAACUACAACUCCCAAAAAUUAAGGUCAAUUCGCCCCAAACUCCUGCUGUAUGGUCAGUUGUUCAUGGCUGUUCUCUGUGCCAAGUGUGGUCCCGGUCCAUUGCCAGUGAGGGGGGGGGGUCACAGUAUUUCUGGGUGCAGGUGAACUACAACUCCCAAAAAUCAGGGUCAAUUCCCCCCACACCCCUACAGUAUAUCCAGUUGUUUAUGCAUGUUCUUUGUGCUAAGUGUGGUCCCGGUCCAUUGUCGGUGGGGAUCACAGUAUCUCUGGGUGGGUGCAGGUGAACUACAACUCCCAAAAAAUCAGGGUCAAUUUCCUCCAAACUCCUGGUCAUUUCUGGUCUGUAGGUCUUUUGUAGGGUUUUGCCACCGCAAGGAGAGCCGCUGGGAUCUGGGCUUCGUUGUCGGACUCCCCUCCGAGUGCCAACCAAGGCCGGCCCUGCUUAGCUCUCGGGAUCGGAAGGAAGGAAGGCGUCUGGUGCAGGAUGGGCGGGGAUGUGGUGUUCUUGCUGUGUCAUCCCAGGGCUGUGUCAUCCCAAAGUGACUCAUCACGAGCAAGCAAGCAAGCAAGCCAGCGUCAGACCUAAGUCAGCCGCUUGCUAUCUUUACGCAGAUACCCUUACUGAUUGACUUCACAGCUACUCAGUGCUGUCCAAGCUUGCUAAAUGCAACAUCCACACUUGCUUUACACAGACAGGAGUUCUUUCUCUCACAGAUUCCAUAGAUAUAUAUAUACACACACUUACUACCUCUGGGCAGCUACCCUCACUGAUUGACUUUGCAAACUUGACGGCUACUCUAUUCCAACUUGCAAAUUGCAUACACACAAUUUACGAUUCGGAUAUUUAUCGGAUAUUUACAAUUUCCGAUUUGGAUACUUAUCGGAUAUUUAUGAUUUGUGAUUCGGAUAUUUAUCGGAUAUUUACGAUUUGUGAUUUGGAUAUUUAUCGGAUAUUUGCGAUUUGCGAUUAGGAUGUUUAUCGGAUAUUUACGAUUCACAAUUCGGAUAUUUUUCGGAUAUUUACGAUUCGCGAUUUGGGUAUUUAUAGGAUAUUUAAGAUUCGCGAUUUGGAUAUUUAUCAGAUAUUUACGAUUCGCAAUUCGGAUAUUUAUCGGAUAUUUACAAUUUGCAAUUCGGAUAUUUACAAUUCGCAAUUCGGAUAUUUAUCAGAUAUUAUCGGAUAUUUGCGAUUCGGAUGUUUAUCGGAUAUUUAUGAUUUGUGAUUCGGAUAUUUAUCAGAUAUUUAUGAUUUGUGAUUCAUAACAGUAGCACAAUGACAGUUAUGAAGUCGCAAUGAAAAUAAUUUUAUGGUUGGGGGGUCACCACAACAUGAGAAACUGCAUUAAGGGGUUGUGGCAUCAGGAAGGUGUUACAGGUUAAAGUACUGUAUAUACUCGAGUAUAAGCCUCAUUUUUCAGCUCUUUUUUUAAGACUGAAAAAGCCCCACUCAGCUUAUACUCAGGUGAGGGUCCUGGUUGGCUUAUAUUUGGGUCAGCUUAUAUGGUACAUUUAUUGUUUUUCUCUAUUAUUGUUGCUACUAUUACAUUUAUUUUACUCUAUUUUUAUUAAUAAUACAUUUAUUAUUUCACUCUGAUCUUAUUAUUAUUAUUGCAUUUAUUAUUUUACUCUAUUAGUAUUAAAAGGAUACAUAAGCACAUUUACAUUGAAGAAGAUGAGAAUAAUGAUUUGAUCAGAGUUGGACAGUCUUAUCUUAAAUUUGAGCUUUAUGUAAAUAUUCAAAAACAUUUAACCUACCGAUGCCUCAAUUAAUGUAAUUUUAUUGGUAUCUAUUUUUAUUUCUGAAAUUUACCACCCUCGGCUUAUACUGGAGUCAAUGUUUUCCCAGUUUUUUGUGGUAAAAUUAGGUGCCUCGGCUUAUAUUCGGGUCGACUUAUACUCGAGUAUACACAGUAUAUACACACACAGACACACACGCACAUACAAAUACCUAUGCACACAUACCUCUCUCUAUAUAUAUAUAUACAUACACACACACACACACAUGCAGAGUACAUACAUACCCUGUUUCCCCGAAAAUAAGACAGUGUCUUAUAUUAAUUUUUGCUCCCAAAGAUGCGCUAGGUCUUAUUUUCAGGGGAUGUCUUAUUUUUCCAUAAAGAUGAAUUCACAUUUAUGGUUGAAUUUUUAAAAAUGAAAAUUUAUUAUCUACUGUACAGUAGUUGUCAUCACAAAAUAGCAUAACCAAACUGUGAAUCCUUUCAAGAAUUUCUAUAUUAUAUUUUAUUGCUAUACUGUUUUAAAAUUACUGUUUUAAAUUUCUGUUUGUAUGUAAAUUUAUGUUGUUGUUGGGCUUGUCCCUGUGUAAGCUGCCCUGAGUCCCUUCUGGGAGAUGGAGGUGGGAUACAAGAAUAAAGUUAUAUUAUUAUUAUUAUUAUUAUUAUUAUUAAUAUUAAUAUUUCUUGUUACUACCUUUAUUUACAUGUACAACAAUCUAUAGUACGUACAUUUACCGAUCCUGCAUGCUUCCAAACAAAAACUUUGCUAGGUCUUACUUUCGAGGGAGGCCUUAUAUUUAGCAAUUCAGCAAAACCUCUACUAGGUCUUAUUUUCUGGGGAUGUCUUAUUUUCAGAGAAACAGGGUAUGCACUUAUAGAUACACACAUACACCCAUAAGCCGUGGAUGAUUGAGCCCGUGCGCUAAUUCUGCAUCCGUGUAUCCGCUGUGUCAAUGUUACUUUAUCCUUACUCCGUUACAGUGGGAGAUUCAGAGCGGCAUAGUUAACCUGUGUAACUCCUUGCUGCAGGACUUUGUCACUGCCAGCCUGGGUGACUCUAAAAGGGCAUUUAAUAAUAUUAUUGGGAAGAGGCCUUCCUAUUAGAGCAGCUGCUUUAAAAAUCUAGAGCAGGCAUGGGCAAACGUUGGCCCUCCCUCUGGGUGUUUUGGACUUCAACUCCCACAAUUCCUAACAGCUCUUGGGGUCGCUGUUAGCCAGAGAUGUCUUGAAGCUCGCCGGUUUUCAAUGCCUCAUUCUGGGAGUUGGGCAAAGUGACGUCAGCACCCCACGGAGGCCAGCAAGGUGUGCCCAGGUGCCCCAGGGCAGGGCUGCGGAUGCCAGAGGGAAGUAGGUCAAGGGAGAAGGGAAAGGGCACCGAGUGCAAGCCCUGGUGGGGAAGGCCAUCAAUCAGAAGGCCAUCACCGCCAUCAAUCAUUAACUCUCUGGCUGCAGGAUGAACUACAACUCCCACUAUGGUGCGUCAGUCCCCUCCAACCCCUCCAGGAGAAGGUUCUGUGUGCCAAGUUUGGGCCAGGUCCAUAAUCAAUGGAGGUCACAGUUUCUCCGAUUGUGGGCAAACUAUUAGACAUGUCCAAAAAAUCGUUUUGAAUCGUAUAUCGGAAUUAUUUCAGAUUGUUCUCGCUUUUUGAUACGCAUUCCGAGACAUUGUCUCACAGUGCAACCAGCAAUGUAAUUCGAACCAUUGUUGGCCCAUUCUCUAAUUGUCUCUUAAUGUUUCGUUAAUUUUUUUCCCCCAAAUUUUUAAAAUAUAUUUUAAAAAAUAUUUUAAAUUUUUUUUUUGUUUCUGCAACCUACCUAGAAUGGGAGCUUAGCGCAGCCUAACAUGGCUGCCGCUCCCCGGCCAAUCAAAAGAUUCCACGAUGGACGUAAAGGUGGGGGCUAGGGUUGAUGAGGAUAGCUCCUUUUUUUUUGGCGAUUGCGCAUGCGCGUCCGCCAUUUUAGAAAUAUUUAGAAUCAUUACGAAUUUUCAGAAAUAUCCGAAAUUUUUGGGUGAAAAAAUCGGAAAUACUUUCUAUAAUAAAGCGCCAGCGCCCCCUACUUUAGAAACGAGAAUUGAAACAUUUUUUUCAUCAAUCGGACAUGCCUACAAACUAUACAUUCCAGGACCUACAGCUCCUAGAAAUCAUGGUGAAUUCUCCCCAAACCUCUCCAGUAUGUUCAGUUGCGGAUCAAUUCCUCUGUUUGCUGUGUGCAAUAGAAAAGGGUGGGAAAGGGUUCUAGGAGAGGCAGUGGGCGGGGCCAUGCAAAUUCCACACCGAUUCAGAAACAUUGGGAUGCCUGUGGUGGAAGAAAAACAGGCUAUCUGGGAUGGAAUUAUCCAUGAAUGAAAGUCUUGACUUGGGUGGUGGGCAGGAUGGUGUUUGUGGAGGACAUUGGCAGGGCUCUUGGACAUGUUCAUGGCGCUCGCUACAACCUGCAAUGUUGAGUUGGCUGUUCAUCGUGGUCUUCCCUUCCCUUCCCAGAAGUACCCCUCAGACCCCGGUGCUGGGAGCAGCAGCAGAAGCGGUCCCGGUGGCCUCAUCCCCAACCUCAACACCAUUGCCACCAGCCAUAACCUCCAGUGGAUGGUCCAGCCCACCAUCAUGGGCGCCUCGCCUGGGAUCCCGCCGUACCCGCGGCCCUACCCCUGCCCGCACUACGGCCCCGGAGUCCGCCCGCGCGUGAUCCGCACCGCCGGGCCCUUGCUGGUGCCACGGAGGCGCCAUUCGGAGCAUGUGAGCCCCGAAGAGGAAGAGCGGCGACGGAUGCGACGGGAGCGGAAUAAAUUGGCAGCCGCCAAAUGCCGGAACCGACGGAAAGAACUGACGGACACCUUGCAAGCGGAGACGGACCAGUUGGAGGCCGAGCAAUCGGAGCUUCAGAAAGAGAUUGCGGAGCUGCAGAAGCAGAAAGAGCGCCUGGAGCUGGUGCUGGAGGCCCAUCGUCCAGCCUGCAAAGUCCGAGGGCAGUCGCCGAGCAAAGAAAAAGAAGUUGGCGAUCAGGCGGCAGCGACAACUGUCAAGCAGGAAUCCCCUCCGGGGCCCAGCAACCCCCGCCGGGCCGCCCCGGUGCCCCCCAGCAUCACCUUGCCCCCCAGCGGCCCCUUGGAGCCCGAAGCCCUGCACACCCCGACCUUGAUGUCCACCCCUUCCUUGACCCCCUUCACCCCUAGUUUAGUCUUCACUUAUCCGGCUCCCGGCGACCCUGAAACACUGUCCGGGUCGGGAUUCCCACAAGAGCCCUGCUCUUCUGCACAUCGGCGCAGCAGCAGUGGCGACCAUUCCUCCGAUUCUCUCAAUUCGCCCACUUUGUUGGCGCUCUAAGGGUCAGUCACUGGACAGUCACGGAGCCCUGGUUGUGCCGGCAUUGCUUCUGCCUCGGGCCAUGGUUUGCCCUUUCCCACACCCGCUUCUCUUGCGUUCGGACAUCGUUCUCAGCUGACCCAUCAAGGGACAUCAUCGUCCCGCUCCAUUCUGCGUCUGGUUCUGGGCAACAUGAUUCAACAAUUCGGUGUACAAAAUCUAUGUGAAAGGGAUCUAUACCUCUGACUGCAAGCCAACUGUGUGACGCUGCAGCUAAAAAGGCCAAUGCAAUCCUAGGCUGCAUCAACAGGAGUCCAGAUUGAGGGACGUCAUAGUCUGCACUUGGACUAAUACAACAUCUGGUUCUGGAGGAAACAAUUCAAGCAGGAAAUGGACAAGAUGGACAAGAUGGAAGGGUGGCCAAAGUCCUACGAACUAUAAAUCCCUAUCAGAAGUGGCCUAGGAAGCUAGAGAUGUUUAGAUUGGAGAAGAGGCGGCUGAGACAGGACACGUUUAAAUAGAAUGCUGGCCACUGACAGAAAUAAAAUAUCUGCAUUUUAUUCAUGUUAAAAUAUUGGAAAGGUUGUCACAUUGAAGACAGGGGAAGCUUGUUUUCAAUUGGUUUAUAGACAUAGGCUUCUGCCCUUCCUUCCUUGGUCUUUUUUAUAGUUUGUAAGCCACGAGGCAGGGUUUGAAACAAACAAAAAAUCAUAAUGAGAAGACAAUAUUUGUCUGAAAUGUGAGAUUGAAAAUGAUAGUCAAAAUGACAUAUAAUAAAUAUUAUAUUUCUAUAUAUAAAAGGAAAA